GAAGGAGGAAGAGGAAGAGAAAAGGAUGACCCCAAGAGAAUAUGCAAUACGGGUGCAAUCAAAAUUUGCAGCUUACCUUGAGAAGACAUCUAGCGAGAAGCUACCUCUUCGUGGCAAAGCCAUAUUCUAUAUUGGCGGAGACUAUAACACGGCGUCGCAGACCACGAGGAAGAGGAUGGAUCUUCUGCGCAAGAAAGGAGCCACCGUCGUUCCGACAUACGAUCCCAACGUUAUCACUCACAUAGUGACCGAAGGGAAUGCAAGAGUCACUCUGAAGGCGCUCGGGUUGAAGUCACUCGGCCAAAUCCCCUUGCACAUUCCCACAUUGACAUGGAAAUGGGUCUCAGAAGGGACGCCAGACUCGCCAGAAUUCUGGUUCGCCGCCUUCUCAGAACGAAUAGAUGCUUCGUCAGAUAAAACUCCUGAUCGUUUGAGGGAUAAUCGACGCACGGAGCCCGAACCUCCGCCGACAGCUCCGGUGGACCAGGAAUUUAGUCGCAUUGAGGAUUUUACGAUCGUAGAUGAUAAAGAUGAAAGAGAAUCUGACCAUGCGUCCACGUCAAAGAAUCGGGACGACGCAGGGCCUGCCGUGGCGCAGCCGGACAAUGAUCCACUUGCAGAAUUUUAUGAUCAAGCCCGAAAAGAUGCGGCAACCGACAGAGAGUUAUCGCGCACUAGCGACCGAAGUUCCGACGACAACGACGACGAACCAGACACUGAUAAUGGAAGAACAAAAUCUAAAUGGACUUGUGAUAAUGUACCAGUUGGCCCGGGAAUGUGUGUGAACCAAGAUAUCGUAGACAAGCUCUCAGAGCUUGAAGAAAUCAAUAGGACUAAAAUAUCGGGGGAUCCUCGGGAGCAACGUUGGAGAGUCUUCAGCUAUGGGAAAUCGAUCCGUGCAAUCAGGGCGCAUCCAAAGAGAAUUCGAAAUUACGAGGAUGCCAUCGCUAUUAGAGGCAUUGGAUCAAAGACUGCGGCAAAGAUUGUCGAAAUAAUCAAAACCGGUGAUUUGGGACGGAUAAAAUACGACAAUACCGAAGAUGUCCAGGCAAUCAAGCUCUUUAAUAACAUCUACGGCGUAGGGCUUAGUACCGCCCAGAAGUGGUACAGCAUGGGAUGUAGAACGCUCGACGAUGUCAAGAAUAGGAAAGGAGGAAUAACCGUGUCCGAUGUGCAAGAGAUUGGGCUCAAGUAUUAUGAUGAUAUUAAUACGAGGAUUCCUCGCGGCGAGGUCGAAGAAAUCUUCAACAGAGUAAAACUCAUAGCUUUAGAAAUCGACCCCAAGCUUUUCUUUCUGUUAAUGGGUAGUUAUCGCAGGGGUGCGAAGUCAUGCGGUGACAUAGACAUUCUUAUGACGCGGCCGACCGACGAUGGCCGAACACAUCAAGGAGUGCUCCGUCGUCUAUUGAAAGAACUACAUCUACAGGGCAUUUUAACUGAGGACCUUGCGAUCCCAGAAGAUUUCAAUGAUCUAGAACAGACCUACAGAGGGCUCUGUCGCAAAGAUGACAAGAGCCCUAGGCGCCGUAUCGAUAUACUUGUUGUCCCUUAUCAUGAGAGGGGAGGGGCACUAAUUUACUACACGGGCGAUGACAUUUUUAACCGGGCAAUCCGCCUAAAAGCCAAAUCUAUGGGAUAUUCUCUGAGCCAGCAUGGAUUAGCCACCAGGGUGCUUCGUGACCACAGAGGAAAGAAAAUGGUACCAGCCGACCUUGUCGCAUCGGAAACAGAAGAACAAAUUUUUCACAUUCUAGGUGUACCGUGGCAAGAGCCUCAUGAGCGCAUACGGGCGAUGACCUCUUAG